GAAAGAAAGAAACUUUAAAAAGCAAAUGAAAAAAAAAAAGGUAAGCAAACCCAAAACAGUAAAUUAAGCUAACAGCUCCAUCAGCAGCAGCAGCAGCUGCAGCAAACACCAAUCUCCUCUUUGCUUUGAUCUCCAUCUUUUUUAUUUUUUAGGUUCUUUGGCUUCACUGCGUCGGGACGGAACAUUGGCUCUCUGUUAUUGCUGGUUGGAUAGCUUCUAUAGAAAAAAGGAGUGGUUAUACUGCCAAUAUAAGUAAUGAUCAAACAGAUACUGAACAGGCUUCCCCGGAAACCGUCCAAGUCAUCUGAGAAUCACGAUGGAGGGGGAGUAUCGAAUUCUUCUAGUAACUCAAGAAAUAGUAAUUUAUCUGGUGGCAAGAAUCCAAGCUUAGGUACGACAUCUUUAUCAGGGGUAAAUUCGAUUUCAAAUAUAGCAUCGAAUGGCAAUACACUUUCCCAAGGUGUGAAAUCCAAGCUGAACGGGAAUCAAUCUGCUUCUUAUGAGGCAUUGCCUAGUUUCAAAGAUGUUCCGAAUUCUGAGAAGCAGAACUUGUUUAUCAGAAAGGUAAAUCUAUGUUGCGUUGUGUUUGACUUUACUGACCCUUCGAAGAACCUCAAAGAAAAGGACAUCAAGCGACAAACGUUGUUAGAGCUUGUGGAUUACGUUUCUUUUUCGAAUGGGAAAUUCUCAGAAACUAUGAUGCAAGAGCUUGUUAAAAUGGUUUCUAUAAAUUUAUUUCGAACAAUCUCUUUCCCGCCACGUGAGAACAAAGUUUUGGAAGCAUUUGAUAUGGAUGAGGACGAGCCCUUGAUGGACCCUGCAUGGCCUCAUUUACAGGCUGUGUAUGAUAUCCUCCUGCGGUUUGUAACGUCACCUGAGACAGAUGCAAAAUUGGCUAAGAGAUACGUUGAUCACUCUUUUGUUCUCAGGUUGCUAGAUCUUUUUGAUUCCGAGGACCCCAGAGAGAGGGAAUAUUUAAAAACUGUUGUGCACCGCAUCUAUGGGAAAUUUAUGGUGCACAGGCCAUUCAUCAGAAAAGCAAUUAACAGCAUCUUUUAUCAAUUUACCUUUGAAACUGAGAAACAUAAUGGGAUUGCAGAGUUGUUAGAGAUUCUGGGAAGUAUAAUCAAUGGUUUUGCUCUGCCUCUGAAGGAAGAGCACAAACUUUUUCUGGUCCGAGCACUCAUUCCACUACACAAAGCAAAAUGCUUACCCAUGUACCACCAGCAGUUAUCAUACUCCAUUACACAGUUUGUGGAGAAAGACUGCAAGCUUGCUGACACUGUUAUACGGGGGCUGCUAAAAUAUUGGCCAUUAACUAAUAGUUCAAAAGAGGUUAUGUUCUUAGGUGAACUGGAGGAAGUCUUAGAAGCAACACAGCCUGCUGAGUUCCAACGCUGCAUGGUACCCUUGUUCCGCCGGAUUGGCCGUUGCUUGAGCUGUUCACAUUUUCAGGUUGCAGAGAGGGCUUUGUUCCUAUGGAAUAACGAUCACAUUGAAAACUUAAUCAAACAGAACCGCAAAGUUAUACUACCAAUUAUCUUCCCUGCUUUGGAGAGAAACACAAUGCUGCAUUGGAAUCAGGCAGUACAAAGCUUGACACUUAAUGUUCGUAAGAUAUUUUCCGAUAUUGAUCCAGAGCUCUUUGAGGAGUGCCUGCUUAAGUUUCAAGAAGAUGAAAUACGAGAGAAGGAAAUGAAGUUGAAACGUGAAACCAUAUGGAAACGUGUAGAGGAGAUUGCUGCAAUGAAGGCUGCUAGUAAUGAACCAGUCCCUAUCUCUCCAAAAACUAUAACCCGUCUGCCAUCUGGCUAGAAAGUCAGAUGUUGUUACUUUUGAGUUGAUUGGCAGUUGAUAUACAAUGCAAACCGAGAGUCCUCGUUGGCCAAUCGAGAAGUUGAAUAUCAAUCCAAUUGGUUCACGUUGUGACCAACGGGCGGAAUUGGCCCGUACUUGCAUAUAAAGUAUUAUCAUCUUGGUUUGUCUCAAGGACUGCUCUGAAUUGGUUGCAUUAUAGCUGGAGAUUAAAGUUGGGUUCUGCAGAGAAUAUCUAAAGAGCAGUAAAAUUUGUUAUGACUAAGGUAACAGAGAAAGUUUGAACUCAUUGUACAGUUAAUUUUUCUGGCAUUCAGUGAAAAGUGUGUUCAUUUCCUUGAUUUUUAAA